AUGUGUGCAGGGGCUCAUAAAUUGUUCGCCUUCCAUGUUGGGAUCAUUACUCUGUUGCCUGGAAAAGCAUUGGAAACUAAUCAAACUGUCUGGCUAUGCAAUGCUCACAAUGCAGAGAGCAAAGUGUUCAGCAGGUCUCUGCUAGCAAAGACUGUGGUAUGCUUCCCACAUGUAGGAGGAGUAAUCGAGCUAGGCGUAACUGAGCUGGUUUUGGAUGAUCCCAAUCUUGUUCAGCACAUAAAGACUUACUUCUUGGAGACUCCAUGCCCAAUACUCACCAAUAUGUCUGAAUAUGACUCGCGUCAAAAGUUAUAUAACUGUGUUUCAGCAAAUGCAAGAACAACCGAAGAUUUUCCUCAUGCCAAGCUAGAUGAUUUUCUGGAUACAACUCCGAAACCAGUUGUAGAAUGUGAAGAAGUAUACACUUGUUCUCUCAAUUAUAGUUCAAACGGGUUUCAGCCCAAUCGACCAGCAGAGGAAUCAUACAUGGUUGAUGUCAUUAAUGGAGGAACUUCUCAAGUACAAAGUCGGCAAUUCAUGGAUGAUGAAAUUAGUAAUAGUGCCCACAGUUCCAUGAAUUCCAGUGACUGUAUAUCUCAAACCUUUGUAAAACCCGAAAAGGGUGUCCCUCUAUCAGAUGGAGAGAAGGUAAAUCAUGAGUCCAAUUGGGCAAAACUCACCUCAUUUGAUUCAAGAAAUGGUAUUCACUAUCAAAGUAUUCUUUCAACGAUUUUGAAGUGCUCUCACCAGUUGAUUUUGGGACGACCCUGGCUUCAAAACUGUAAUAAAGGAUCAAGUUUUGUUGGUUGGAAGGAGGAGGUAGAGCCAAGUACUCAGAUGCCUCGAAGUGAAGCUCCACAAAAAUUAUUAAAGAAGGUACUCUUUGAAGUUGCUCGACGGAAGGAAAUGACAAUGCAUGGUGAUUGUUUGGCCAAGUCUAGAGAAGAUAAUGACCAAAGCGGUAGACUGUGGAGACCAGAGGCUGAUNUCUUUGAAGUUGCUCGACGGAAGGAAAUGACAAUGCAUGGUGAUUGUUUGGCCAAGUCUAGAGAAGAUAAUGACCAAAGCGGUAGACUGUGGAGACCAGAGGCUGAUGACAUUGAUGUGAACCAUGUAUUGUCAGAGGGGAGACGAAGUGAAAAAGAAAACGAAAGAUUUUUGCUUCUUGGAUCCUUGGUUCCAUCUACCGGAAAAGUUGGCAAAGAAUCGAUACUUGAUGACACAAUAAAGUAUUUGAAAGAGCUCAAGAGAAGGGUUGAAGAGUUGGAGUCUUGCCAGGAAGUGGAAGCAGUGGAAGAAAGAAGAAGAAGAAAAUCACAUGAUCAUGCUGUAGAGAGAACAUCUGAUAAUUAUGGAAACAAAAAGAUUGGUAACAGUAAGAAGCCAUUGAAACACAAGAGGAAGGUUUGUGAUGCUGAUGAAAUGGAGCCUGAAAGCCAUCGGGUUCCAUUGAGCGAGAGUUCAACUGAUGAUGAUGUAACUGUAAGCGUGAUCAAGCACGAUGUUCUGAUAAAGAUGAAGUGUGCUUGGAGGGAGUCUUUGUUGCUAGAAAUCUUGGAUACAAUAAACAAUCUUAAUUUGGACUCUCACACAGUUCAAUCUUCAAACAUCGAUGGGAUUCUCUCCUUGACAAUUAAAUCAAAGUUAACUGGAUCAGCAAUUGCAUCGACAGAGAUGAUCAAGCAAGCACUUCAGAGAAUUAUUGGCUAA